AUGGAUUUCUCCAGAGUCCCAAUAACACCGAGGAAACGAGCCCAGGACGAUGGUCGCAUGGAGGUGGAUAUGUUGAUCAAGAACUUGAAUAUGAGGUGGGACUUGCGUCUUGAACCACAGAGGCGCAACGAGUCACCGAAUACCAGAUCCAACAACCGCACCAUGGAGCAAUGGUGCGUUUGCAUGAUAACCACUCUAAAUUUCAAAAAGUUGGCGGCCCAGCCGCUCGCGAAAUUUCAAGAGAAAGCGCAGGACGCAUACAUGCAAUGGGUAAAAAAGCCUAACGCGGAUCGCGGCGUUAUCCCAGAGGUUUCUCGUGAAAAAUCCCAUCCUCUGAGUCCUACUGAACGGGCGCAGAUGCUCCGGUAUCUGCAUGAUAUUUUGCGAGAAUCAUACGAUGAUUUUUGCACACGAAAUAAAGGCUCACAGAGUCCAUGGCGAUCAAGAAAAGACCAACAAUCUCGAAGCCCCUCUUUGGAUGAUAGUCCAGUACCAUUUACCUUACCGCGAUUAAAGCAGGACCCAAAACGGCCACGGGAAGAUCUCCUGGAUGAACCCCAAAUGCGGCCGAAAAAAUAUAAAAUGCCGGAGACUCUCGCCGAAGCUCUCCCUCCCCCAGGAAGAGGGAGGGCGGAAUUGCCAGAGUUGAAAGGAUGGCGAAGCGCCAAUACGAGUUUUGAGUCCAAUGCUCCUUCUAGCAUAUUCUCACAUCCAGCCAUUUCUUUCGGCAAUUCGAUGUCAGAAAUGGGGCCAGACACCCAAGAUGCGGCUCCUGACAUUCAGAAAACUCACACAAGCUCUGACUAUGGCGCUGGGAGCAGCUUUGAAGCUGCAUUAAACAACACUCUGAUCUUCGACGCCUCAGAAAUAUCUCCAUUAGGCAUAAGCGAGGGCUUAUCACAGGAGCUCAAAAAUGUCGAGAUUAGCGAUCGGGUCUCAAAUCAUCUGACGCCUGAAGAUAUACUACAAGAACGUCUGGAGGAUGUGUUCCCCAAAUUACCAGCGUCGUUAAGGCUAAUGUCCUUGAAUAUCGUAUACGAAAUAACCCGGAUCUUCCUACAUGCCGAGGUUCCAAUAUUGAACGUCGAAUUCUCCUCGGAUGAUCACCUCAACGAUUACGAUGCUCUCUGGCAGUUUCUCAAAAGCCACCCGAUGUUGAAAGACAGGCCGUUCCCUGAAAGAAGCAGUAAGGAGGCUUGGGAGGCAGCGGCAACUGGCUAUAGGAAAGGUGGCCUGGGAGUUGUGCUUGGUGGAUCGCUAGAAUUCAAUGAGAGCGCAGCAGGUCCCCUCUUUCAGCUCCGGUUAAAGCCACUACAGCUCGAACUCUCGCAUCGAGUUGGAAGACGCCUGGGGAAUGACCGCUUCCUUGAAAUUGAUAUGCCGCAUCUGACGGGAAGAGGGUUGCCAAAACUCCUGCAAGAUCUAGGAGUCCGAGGUCAAGAUGCCGUUUUCCAAUGGCUGGUAGAUACCCCGCAUUCUCUUUUCAGCAGAUGCUGGAAUCCAUUCUUUUGCAAACCUGCAGACAGAAAGACCAAGAAAGCUCAGAAAACGAGUAAAAAGAUUUUCAAGACCGAUUCUGAGCUGGCCCAUCGGGUCUAUUUUUUUGCCGUGAGUGGGACAGGCCUCGAGACAGAGAUUAGCAUUCGAUCGCUGCUCAACAAGACUACAGCUCUCUCAAGAAAUUCUGCCACAGUCACGUUGGAACUCUCCCAGAUCAGGUACAGGCAUGACAUCGAGUACAACAAUGAGGUCAUGACAGAUGGUGCGGGCCGUAUAUCUUGGGCUCUGGCAUUGAAAGUAAUGGAGAUACUUGGCCUCGCGUAUCCUCCUAGUGGUUUUCAGGGCCGGAUAGGCGAAGCCAAAGGGUUCUGGAGUGUUGAUCAUAGCGAUAGAAGCGGUCAAAGUUGGAUCGAAGUCUACGAUUCACAGUGCAAAUGGGCUCGUACAAAGUCCAAACGGCUAGAUCACGAUGACUACCAUGAAUCCAACCGCACAUUUGAAGUCCUUCAAUGUUCAGGCCCUCUGAAAUCAGCAAACCUAAAUGACCAAUUCCUUCCGCUUCUUAUGGAGAAUGCACCAGACAAAGGAUUUAUGAAAAAAGCCCUGAAUAAGCUGCUUGAGCAAGCGCUCGAUCGAGACCUGGAAAACCUUCGCUGCUCGUUGCAGAGCGGCCCUGCACUGCGAAAGUGGAUUUCCGAAAAGAACCCAAACCAAAGCCAAAGACUGAAAUCCGGCUGCGUUGGCUACCGAGCUGGUUUUCCAAUCGGCCGUGAUGAGCAACUCAUUAUGAUGUUAGACUCUGGUUUCGAUACUACGAAACUCACUUAUGCAAUGGAAUUAACUAGAUCCUUGUUUAGAGACAAGUGUGAGGACCUUAAGAACCGACUAAGCAUCACAAUCGGCCAAUCCACAUAUGCCUAUAUGGUUCCGGAUUUUCAAGGUGUCCUUGAGCCCAACGAGGUCUUCAUAGACUUUUCUAGCUUUACCGACGAGAUCUCUGGGUUUUCUGGUGUUAUGCUUCAUGGCCAGGAGAUACUUGUCGCAAGGUCACCAGCUCACUUUGUCAGCGAUAUCCAAAAAGUCAAAGCAGUGGCAAAGGCUGAGCUAAUGGGGCUGAAGGAUGUAAUUGUCUUCCCUACCAAAGGCAAUCCUUCCCUUGCAGCAAAGCUCUCUGGCGGUGAUUACGAUGGUGACCGCGCUUGGAUAUGCUGGGAGCCAGAUAUCGUGAACAAUUUCACAAAUGCGGAUAAGCUGGUUGAGCACCCCUUAGUUGCUGAGGGGUACGUCCACCAGGACAAAACCAAGUAUGAAGAUUUGAUAAAAGAUCACGAGAAUCCCGUGUCAUAUUUUCUCCGGAAAUCCAUGGCAUUCAAUAUGCAACAGAGUAUGCUUGGGAUAUGUACAAGCUGGAAGGAAAAGAUUUGCUACCAUCAAGGCAGUGUUGCAACCCGUGAGGCGAACAUUAUCAGCUCCCUUCUUAGUCUUCUUGUCGAUCAAGCAAAGCAAGGCUAUAUCUUCAGUGACGAUGACUGGACACGACUGAAGGAAGCCCUCAUUAAGGUCAAGCCAUUCGAACCGGAAUACAAAAAGGAGAAACCCUAUUUCCGCAAGGAUCCAACUCACAUCCUUGAUUACCUGAUGGAUCGAACGUACAAAAAAGUUGACAAGUGCCUCGAAGAAUUUGCGAAGAGCGUCCCCAAGAAUAUUUCCCAUUGGGACGAUGAUCUUGUGGCUUAUUACCUGUGGGCGAAACAGGAAUCGACAACCAAUGGGGAAUGGAAGCCGCUUUUAUCGAGGCUGGAAACCGAUCUCUCUGCUCUCAAAGCACCUUGGUCAACGAAGUUUAAGAGGUCCCCUCUUCUUGAGGAGAUAGGUGUAGACUGGGUUCCAACUCUCCUGGAGUUCUUCGACAGGUACCGAGAAAUUCAACCCACGGAAGGCGCCCUUGGUCGGACGCUUCUCGGAGGUUGUGGUGCUGAGGAUCUUUCCCCAUGGGUGCUCCUCAAAGCUUCCGCACUCUUCGCCUCAUACCCCAGGACAUACGUCAGUACCUUCGUCUGGUGGAUGGCCGGCAAACAGCUCGCCCAUUUGAAGGCUCUUCGACGCAGUGGAAAUGCUCCGCAUACUGUGAUUCCAUCCAUGUAUGUCGUUUACAAGCCCAAUAACUCCUAUGUCAAGCAGCUAGAAUGCCAAAAUGGCAAGGGAAGCGUUCGAAUGGCGGAUAUGGAGGAUGUCACCGAUGACGAUGAUUGA